UGGAUACGCAUUUUCACGAUUUUCCGUGCGAAAAAUCGAGAAAAGCGGCGUAAAACCAUACGCGGUGCAUAGUUCGCAAGCGUUGUUCGGUUUUCGGAAGCGGGCAACGUGACACGUACGGGUGAAAGCGUUUCGAAAGUGGUUUCGUGCAGUGGCUGGGCUUGUGGUAUUUGUACGCUGGCACAUGAUGCAAGUGGCAUCAUGAGCAGCAGCAGCAGUGCUAGUGAUGCGGGACGUGUGUGGAAAAUGAUGAGUAGCGUUUGUUUGUUGUGUUGAGUGCACACCCCCGCGGCGAAUAGUGAUGAAAUGUGAUUGUGCUUUAUGAGAGAACGAAAAAAGAGGAAGUUAUCAGAAAUACUCGCAAAAACUGUGCAAGAAGUUUAUCUGGCCCGGAGUUGUAAUCUGGGGAACGUAACGUGAAAUCUGUCGACGAUAACAGAUCAUCCCGUUCAAUCGUGCGGUGCGGUGAAAGCAGCUUACGAAUACGCUGUUGAUUCAGCUUUGUCACACUACGGAAUUGUCAUCACCGGCAAAAUCGGAGAUACGCCCAGUUUGUGCUGCAGUCCAAAAAAACCAAAACUCCCCCGGAGCAUCAUCAACCCUCGCAGAUAAAAUCGAGACUGCGGGGAUCUGUGCCACGGCACUGUAAAAUCACGCGUAGGUGAAAAAUUGCGACCAUUUCGUCGUUUGCAAAUUUGUGUGAGCCCGUGUUAGUGGUAGGUGUGGGUGGUUGCUAAAUUGGCCCAGAACCAAUUCAACCCGAGUCUGGCAGAGUUCAACAUGUACAGCUCCGAGUAUGAAAAACGGAUCAUACAGUGCCGCAGUCGGACAGUCCGCAAACUGUUCUCCUUGAAUGAAUCUCCAACGUCAAACGAUCGCUUCAUACCGUGCCGAGCAAAUAACAAUUGGACAACAAAUUUUGCAACGAUCAGUACAAAAUCGAACGAGAAUUCGCCACAAUCGUCGAAAAAGCAACGUGACUGUGGGGAAAAUGCACGGGACAGUGUAGCGUACAGUUGCCUGAUAAGGAACGAACUGCUCGGCACCGGUAUCGACGAUGUGAAGCUGGUAGCGGACGAUAAAAAUGGUAGCGGUGGCGGGGGAGGCGGCGGAGGUGGUGGCGGCAAUGGUGGAAGCGGUGGUGGAGGUGGCCUGCAUGCAAACAGCAACCGGACCGGCCUUUUCAAAUAUCAGUCCCCGACGAAACAGGAUUACAACGAACAGUGCCCCUACUCGUUGUCCCCCGUCAGCAUCAAAAGCCAGAAGUUGUUACGAUCGCCCCGAAAGGCGACGCGCAAAAUCUCCAAGAUACCGUUCAAGGUGUUGGACGCACCAGAGCUGCAGGAUGACUUCUAUCUGAACCUAGUCGACUGGUCCGCCCAGAAUGUGCUGUCCGUGGGGCUUGGCAGUUGCGUUUAUCUCUGGAGCGCCUGCACUAGUCAGGUUACGCGACUGUGUGAUCUUAGCUCCGAUUCCAACACGAUCACGUCCGUCUCAUGGAGCGAACGGGGCCAUCAGCUGGCGGUCGGAACACAGCACGGACACGUUACCGUGUGGGAUGUAGCGGCUAGCAAACAGGUAAAUAAACUGCAAGGCCAUUCGGCACGCGUCGGUGCGCUGGCCUGGAACGGGGAUGUUCUAUCGAGCGGGUCUCGGGAUCGUCUGAUCAUGCAGCGUGACACGCGCACACCAGCGCAAGUCUCCGAACGAAGGCUUGCCGGUCAUCGGCAGGAGGUGUGCGGGCUGAAAUGGUCCCCGGACAACCAGUAUCUGGCGAGCGGUGGCAACGACAACCGGUUGUACGUGUGGAACCAGCAUUCGUCCACGCCGGUUCACUCGUACUCGGAGCAUAUGGCGGCGGUGAAAGCGAUCGCCUGGUCACCGCACCAUCACGGGCUGCUUGCCAGCGGUGGUGGUACGGCGGACCGGUGCAUACGCUUCUGGAACACGCUCACCGGUCAGCCGAUGCAGUGCGUCGAUACCGGGUCGCAGGUGUGCAAUCUGGCCUGGUCCAAGCAUUCGUCCGAGCUCGUCUCGACGCACGGCUACUCGCAGAAUCAAAUCCUCGUGUGGAAGUACCCGUCGCUAACGCAGGUCGCCAAACUGACCGGCCACUCGUACCGCGUGCUUUACCUCGCGCUCAGCCCCGACGGUGAAGCGAUCGUCACGGGUGCGGGCGACGAAACGUUACGGUUUUGGAACGUGUUCAGCAAAGCACGGUCGCAGAAGGAGAACAAAAGCGUACUGAAUCUGUUUACCAACAUUCGGUAAAACAGGGCCCCGGUAGAUCUGCCCUCAAAUCCUUAGUCCCAAUCGCAACCGAUGCGCUGCAUUACUGUACAGAAUUCCGAGUCCAGUUUGGUGUUUGGUGGAGCAGCGCGGCCCCUUGAUGUGCCGACUUUGGGAAGAUGCGUGUUUUUUUUUGUUAUGCAGAUUUUUUUUAUAUAUAUUUUUGUUUUUGCUAACCUACCUUACUAAACAUAGUUCUUUGCUAGUUACUGUUCUAAACAAUGGGUGGUAUUUCCCAUGAGCUUGGAGUGAUGCCACUGGUGAUUACAGUAGUAACACGGCAAGCGGAACCGGUUAGGAUCCGAAGCGUAAUAUGUAACAUUGUUUGUGAAUGUAUUUUUUUAUGAUAUGUUGCUAAAUAUGUUCUGUCUUUCUUUGCUAAAACAGUGUAACAGUAGUUGCGUACUUUAACGAGUAAUAGCUUACGUUAACAUCUACCCAACGAUACAGGUCACGCUCUUUGCAUUCGUGGGAAGAAAAAGGGAUAAUUUAUGCAUCCAUUAGAUGCAACAGAGUCGCAUCGACUUUUCUUUCUUUAUUUUAAAUAAUUAUUUUUACAUCAAUUAAGUUCCUGUCACACAUUUACCUUUUCUACCAUCACUGAACUGGAUUAAACUUGUCGGGACUAAGAAGAUAGAAGGAACUUACGUUUAGCAUUACAUGUACGAUUAGGUUAGGUAGUAUGUUUUUUUUUCGUUGUCAUAUAGGUAAAAUAGAAUUCAAGAUACGGUACCACUCCAUACAGCGGUGGUACACAUUGCGAGUGUGUUCAAAUCAGUAGGCUUUUAGAUAGAGGCAUUAAUUUAGCUUUUAAGUUUGUCCAUGUUACGCAUAACAGCUAACCGUUGUCUUGGAAUUUAGGUAGUGUACAUUUCUACUGUUAAAAGUCAUUACGGUUCACCGUAUGAGAAGUCGAGAUGGUAGAAAAAAAACAUAGCAAAACAACACAAAAAAUGUACACUAUUUCUUUUAAGGUUUCAUGAAGCGAAUGCUACAAAAAUCGGAACAGAUUUGUCUUCAAAAUUGUACAUACUUACAGCGCAAGUACGUACACACAUAAAAUGCCGACUUCCUCCAAUACUGUGUAAUUAUUUAUAUUUAAAUUUAUCUUUGUUGAACACUCGGUGAAGCAUAUGAUUUGGUAUCGUUUGAAUGGGGUGCUUUUAUGAUGAAGACACUUCAUUUUUCGAAUGAAGGGGAAUGAGGGUUCGAAAAUGAACCCUGAAGAAAGAUUGAAUCUUAAGAGGAAGGUUUUAAGUGCGGAUGUGAAAUGGGUGUUAAAUCACCAAAUCCAACCCUUCCACUUGACGUUCAGUUUGGUUAAGCUUAAGUAGAUAAGUUUUGCCGUAAGAAACAAACAUCCGGAAAGAACGCUGUGUUACUGUCUCUUGUAUUGUGUGUUGUAGUUUAGUGGUAGGAACGACGUAUUGUUGUAAGUGCUACCAAGGAAGCAAAGUGUCUUCACUGUACUGCCUACCUGUGAGAUGUGUGAAUACUGACAAGGUCUCAUUUCAUGGGUCUCAUACUAACGUUAAGCAAGCAAACGGGCGGGCGAAGCGUAUGAAAUGAUGUGUCACACGUGGUCAAA